UCAUCUCCAACAUCAUCCAGCUGCUGACUGGAGAGAAAUGGGAGCAAUUUAAUAUAGGCACUCCCCCAAACACCGAAGGAAUGAAGGAGAAACCACAGCAAUUCUGCUCUCUGGAUAAUGAAAAUGAUGAUAAGAAUAACAUUACGGCCUGUGAGGAAUCAACAGCGUGUAAUAAUGAGCCGAGCGAGACUGUGAGUUCUCUGCCUGCUCCAGAAACUGUUUCUUCAUCCACAAAUACUGAGAAUUAUCCAACAAAUGAUAUUAAAGAUGAAUCAGAUUCAUGGGAGGGGGGAAACCAAUCAGAUUGCAGCAUUAGUCCUGUGAGAGAUCAGAUACAGGGAACUGAUACGCCUACUCCUAUCAUGGGGUGCAGCCUGGAUGACAGCUCAGCGGCCAAUGCUUUAUUAAAUAGUGUUAAAGAGGAGCUGGCUGUAUGGGAAGAAGCAAAACUGUCGGGUUACAAAAUGAUUACGUUUGCAGGAGAAGAACAGGAAGGGGAUGCACCCAGUCCCAGCAUGGGAUUCAGCCCAAAUAACAACAUGUCAGAUGCAGUUAAAGAGGAGCCAACUUCAUGGGAAGAGGGAAACCAUCCAGAUGGCAACAUAGGAAUGGAACAAAGUAUUGAUACCUCUGCGUCUCUCGCGGAAUGGUCAGAAAUUAAUGAAUACGGUAUUAACAUCAACGCUAUAUCCACUUUUACGUCUCACCCAAGUACAUAUUCCAUGCAGGGGAAGUACAGCUGCAAGGACUGCCACAAACAUUUCUAUAGCAAGGCCACUCUCCGUAAGCAUCAGAGAAAGAAGCAUGAAACAGAGGCUCCAUCUUCUUCUGGUAAAUCUCUUGAACACGGGCCGAAUUAUAGGAUUCCCCAAAACGGAGAGAAACGCUUUGCUUGCUCCGACUGCGGGAAGUGCUUCAAGCAACGCUCUAAGCUGUAUAUACAUUGCCGGACUCACACAGGGGAGAAACCAUACGCUUGCUCUGUGUGUGGGAAGCGGUUUAUACAAGUCCCGGAGCUGAAUAUUCAUUACAGAAUUCACACGGGGGAGAAACCGUUUUCUUGCUCCGAAUGCGGGAAAUGUUUCACCCAACGCGCACACCUUAGCAUGCACCGCAGAGUCCACUCCGGAGACAAACCGUUCUCCUGCACUGAAUGCGGCAAAUGUUUUAAGCAGAGGUCGGACCUUCACAAACACCACCGAAGCCACACGGGAGAGAAACCGUUCGCUUGUACGGAAUGUGAGAAGCGCUUUGUGCAUCGCUCCGAUCUCACGGCGCACAAUCGGAUUCACACAGGAGAGAAACCGUAUCCGUGCUCCGAAUGCGGGAAGUGUUUCGCGUACCGCUCGGCGCUAAAGAGACAUGAGAGAAGUCACACGGGAGAGAAACCUUUCUCUUGUUCCGAAUGUGGGAAAUUUUUUACUUCUCUCUCUGACCUCCACAGACAUUACAGAUGUCACACCGGGGAGAAACCAUUUACGUGUUCUGUCUGUGGGAAGUGCUUUAGGCGAUGUUCCGACCUCAACUCCCAUGUCAGGAAACACCCUGGGCAGGAGGAACACUCGCCGGUUCCAUGAUGCACAUAUGGCAAACAAAGCUGUUUCCUUAUUGGUCAUUACAGACCUCACUGAGAAACAAGCAGGCCCGGACUGGCAAUCUGUGGGUUCGGGCAAAUGCCAGAGGGGCUGCUGCCAUAGGCACUCACUAUUUAUUGGCCCUGGCAUUCCCAGUACCCAGAGGCCCAGUUUUGAAAUACAGUCUGGACCUGGAAACAAGCAUUCUGAUUCUGAACUGAUACUGUUUUCGAAAUGCGAAGUGUUUAUUUAACAUAUAUAUAUAUAUAUAGAGUUAAAAAAAAUGAAAUUGUAAAAUGACAUUUGAAAAACUUAUAUUCACUUUUCAACCUUGCACAAAUUAAUUUCUGUUCCUUUUCGGGAUAAAAAUGAACCCUGUUCCUGUGGAAGGGAUUCUAGAUAUGCACAAAAUUUGGGUUAGUUACCCUUUAUCUAAAAGUCUCAUUUAUACUCUCACCCUGCUGCUUGUUGUCCAGUGGUAAUUGGAAUAAAACUAUAAACUUAAUGUGCCAGAAUAACUUCAUGCAACUAUUAAAGUGUAUAUUAUAGGGAUGCACCAACCCCAUUAUUGCAAUUACAGUUAAUCUAUUUGUCUCCUUUAACGAAUGGCAUCACUCAGCUUUCAUUGUGGUCAUAAAUGAGCCCUUUAGAAUUUGUCCAAGAAAAGUGCCAGAAUUCAGCCGAAUCCCAAAUCGAACACUAGAUCUGGUGCGGCUGUAGGGUGACAGUAAUUAUUAAGUAUAUGACUGCAAUAUCCCUUUAAACUGCUGUUGCUUAAGAGAUUUACCUUUGUUAGAGGUAUAAAAACCAUAUUCCCCCUGUCCCUGCUACAGGAGAGAGCUUGACUUGCUCCACUUGUAAAUAGGUUUUAUUAUAUCUGAUCAGCAGUGUUUACCCUGUGACCCCGGAUGAUCCAAACCUUCUGCCUGUUCUCCCAGAAGGCCCAAGAUACUCAGUCUGAGUAUAACCAAAGCCCUAUGGGGACAAGCAGCUAUGGAAAUCUCCCCUGCAUGGCUCAUUAAACUCAAUGUUAUGUACAGACAAGCAGUUACUCCUGAUUCCAUUGCAUGGUCCCUUCCCCAUUAUGUGCCAGUGUUGGUCAGUGAGUCCGGCCCCCAGCCAGUGAGCCAGAGAGGAGAAGAUCUCAGUCCGUAUAACAGUAAAGGCAACUCCCCCCCCCUUCCUUUCUUGGAGAGGAAAGUUGUACAAGUGGGUAAGACUGAGGCAGGUACAAGCCUGUAGUUGCUUUGGGCAUGGAGUUGUCAGACACUUCGUUAGUUCAUGUAACACCUUUGGGUUAAGCUAUGAAUCCCUGCAUAACAAUGCUGUGUAUAUAUAUAUAUGUAUAGAUGGAUGUACUCAUGUACUGUAAAUGUGCCGCUAUGGACUCCAUAUGCUUUCCAACAACUCAUUUUCCACUUGUGAAGGAAUAAUUAAACUGCUUUUCAGAUCUCA